AAAAUAGAGUGCCAUUCUGCUUACUCACAAGUGUGGACUCUACCGCGAAGGUGUUUACGUUCAUUAUCAUACCGUGCCACGGUCUGCAUCUCGUGUACGAACAGCAGCAGAAUUAUCGAUCGAAUCCGGCCUGAGAAAGAAGCAAAAAAAAUCAACCCUAGUCAACUCAUCUCCAUUGCGGACAACUGCAGUGGAAGCUGCCGAAAGGAUUGGUUUGCCACACGGUCUGCGACUGAGCAGCUAUCGAUCGGAAUUUGCGCUACCAUAGUGUGUGGUGGUGAUCUUGAAAAACCUUCUACCCCUUGCUUGCUGGUCGUGUCCCGCACUGAGAAAUCACCUUGUGGCAUCCGGUGGAAGCGGUUGCAAUAAAGUUUAAACAAAAAAAGUAAGGCCGCGACAAGUGUGUGUGUGUGUGCGUUUGCAAUAGAGAAACCCGUGAUCCUUGGACGAGUCGCGAUGAAUAUGCAUGAAUUGUAUGAAAUUAUAGAAAAGUGUCACGACAAGUCAUCCCAGAAGGAACAGGAUGAGACGCUGCUGCAACCAUUUUCGUACAUCCAGCAAAUUCCCGGAAAGCAGGUCCGGUCGAAGCUAGCGCUAGCGAUAAACCAUUGGCUACACAUUCCGAACGACAAGCUGGCGGCGAUAAGUGAGAUUGUCCAAAUGCUGCACAAUUCCAGCUUGCUCAUCGACGAUAUCGAAGACAAUUCUAUCCUUCGCAGAGGCAUCCCGGUGGCGCACAAAAUCUACGGCGUGGCGAGCACGAUCAAUGCGGCCAACUAUGUGCUAUUUUUAGCGCUGGAAAAGGUCCAGCAGCUUGGGCAUCCGGAUGCGACGCGGGUGUACACGGAGCAGCUGUUGGAGCUGCACCGUGGCCAGGGUAUGGAGAUCUACUGGCGCGACAACUACGCCUGCCCGACCGAGACGGAGUACAAGCAGAUGACGAUACGGAAAACGGGCGGCCUGUUCAUGCUGGCGAUCCGGCUGAUGCAGCUGUUUAGCGAAAAUCGCAAAGACUUCACCAAGCUGACCGCGAUCCUGGGGCUGUACUUCCAGAUACGGGACGACUACUGCAACCUGAGCAUGAAGGAGUACUCGGAAAACAAGAGCUACUGCGAGGAUCUGACCGAGGGCAAGUUUAGCUUCCCGGUCAUACACGCGAUACAGACGCAAAAGUACGACAAGCAGGUUCUACACAUUCUACGCCAACGGACGCGCGAUGUCGAGGUCAAGCGGUACUGCAUAACGUUGCUGGAAAAGUUGGGCAGCUUUCAGUACACACGUGACGUGCUAGAGUCACUCGACAAGGAAGCACGAAAGGAGGUGGAAAGUCUUGGACCGAAUCCAAUUAUGGAAGCGUUGCUGAACGAUUUGCUCAGCUGGAAGCAAGUUUCCGACGGUAUGACGGUAGAUGACGACACGACGCCACCGUAAUCAGCUUAUUACAUUUAAGGGAGAAAAAAUGCUAAGGAACUCUUUUAAUAAUGCCGAAUUUUGCGAGGAAACCCGAUUUCAAGUUAAAGGCGGCUUUAGAUUUUUCGUGAAAGUGAAGGUGAAAUUUCGGGUUUUUCUUUUUGCUAUAUUCAGGUUACACACCAUUUGAUAUUGAUAGGAAUAUGGCUUAUCAUAUACCAAAAAAAGGAUAUAAAUUAAAUGCAUUUCCUUGUGAUUCUCCGCUGAUCAUUAUUAUCAUUAUCACCGUGAACAAAGCAGGAAAUCAUAAGGGAAUGCAUUUAAUUUAUUAUGCCAAUAUAUUUUGUUGUUUAAAUAGUUGGAAAAUAGAAUGUCCUUUCUUUUGGUGUAUGAAAAGCCGUAUUCUGAUUGAUAUUUAUUGAUAGAUAGCAAUAAAACCCGAAAUGUCACUUUCAAUUGCACUAAAGCUGUAACUCGGGCUUUAGAAUGAAGCCAAUUAUUAGGCGUUUAAUUUUAGGCAUAGCGCGCUUUCCGGCUGACCAAAAUGUGAGCGACAAUAAGUAUAAUAAUAGUGAAGGUGUUACUACGGACUCAUAGAUUAUCUUCCAAUGCGGUAAAACCACGGUAGUACAGCUAGCACAGCAGGUUUCUCACUUUAUACGUGGCUGUUGGCAUACUUUCUUAGUAAAACUUGCGCUGCAAUCGUCUCUUUACACGUUUCAACUAUUCCUGUAGCGGUUCUUUGCAUGGUUAAAGAAAAUUCGCUGUUAAAAUAACAUAUGACUUACAAUUGACAAUAUGAAAAUAAGAUUAAAAAACGGCUAGUACAUGUAAA